GAUGUGGCCAGGAUCGCCGCACAGGCCCAGCCCGGAGUACAGGUGCCCACGCCAGGCGCGCUCGAUUGGCGGUGAGUUCUGACUCCGGCCUCCUUCGAGACCCUUUUGCUCCGGAUGUCGCCCACCUCCGACCCUCUCCCAGUCGGAGGGCGGGAAAGAGGAAGACAGGUCCUUCCUCCAGCUGCGGGGCACCCUGCCCCUUCCCCGAGCCCUGCAGCCCCAGAGUGUAAAUAUCCAAGCCCGCCCUCUCUGCGCUCAGUGUCGCCAUCUGGGAUAGGGGCCGGGAUAGGGGUCGCGCUGGUGGUCUGGCAGCCUCCUCUGCAGGGGGAGGAGGGAAGGGGGAAAGGAGGGGAUGGGUGAUUGAGGUGGACUUCGAGACAGGGCAGCCGUGUCCCCGCAGCAGCAUGGCCCAGGAGGAGGGUGGGAGCCUGCCCGAGGUGCGGGCGCGGGUCGGGGCCGCGCAUGGCAUCCCCGAACUGGCCCCAAAGCUCCACUUCUAUGACCGCGGACUCCCACUCUUUCCUCAGGAUGUGGCCACCCUGCAGUACCAUGCCCCCCGCCUCGCAGGCCUCACACAAACCCUUCCAAGCCUGCCCCACAGUGCCCUGAUCCUGGACGUGGCCUUCGGCACAGGCCUAGUGGCUGCCGAGCUGCGGGCUCGAGGCUUCCUCCAGCUACAUGGGGUGAAUGGGAGCCUAGGGAUGCUGGAACAGGCCGGGGCCCGCAGCCUCUAUCAGCACCUCAGCCUCUGCACCCUGGGCCAGGAGCCUCUGCCUGGCCCUGAAGGGACCUUCGACAUGGUACUGAUAGUUGGCGCCCCCAGUGAUGGCCAGGUGCCCUGCAAUGCGAUACCUGAGCUCCUAUGUGUCACCAAGCCAGGUGAGGAGCAGCCCAGCCAAGCACCCCCAAUCCCCAUCACCAUACACCUUCCCCUCUGCACAGCACAGACACAGGCCCCAGAGUCCCUCAGGCUAAGCGAGGGGCAGCGUUCUGCCCAUCGCCACAUACAGCCUAGCCUAACAUCCCAGCCACCAACGGCAGACCCACGCAAACCGGCGGGGCAGACAGGUGGCCAACUUGGCUCUUAUCCAUGGGCAACCAGGAGCAACUCCACCCUCCCCUGCAGCCUCCAUUUCCUAGCCCGGGAGCCAGGUGGUAUAAAUGCUACAAUCCCGUCCCCAUAGGACUAAAGUGAGAAUCAGGUGAAAUCCUGUCUCUAAAGCUUUUGCUUUGGUCCCGGCCCACAGUGAGGGCUCAGUUCUGUUCCCUCCUCUGCCUGCUUCCUCACUCAUUCGUGGACUGCCUUCGGGGCGUCUCUUUCUCUUUCCUGGUCUGUUUCCUCAUCUGGGAAAUAGGGCUGCUUAGGGGAGAUGAGAGCUGUGAGCACUGUUUGUAAACUCCACACAUCGCGCCGUCCAGGCAGGUGUAUCUCCCGUCUCCUGCUGUGUUCUUGCUCGGGGCUUUUCUCUGCUCUGGGCAGAGGGCUCAGACCCUGCCCUCUGGGCCUUGAUCUCCAACCCACUGGGGCCCAGCAAGGGGCCAGAGAGCACAGGGUCUGGUCAGAGGUGGCCCCACCAGAGCCGUGAGUGCUCAUUGCCCCCAGAAUUUAUUUACUCAUUUAUUUAUUUAUCUAAUUUGAGACAGAGUCUCGCUCUGUCGCCAAGGCUGGAGUAUAGCGGCACGAUCUCAGUUCACUGCAACC